GGACAAGUACACACUUUUCCAGGUGCUGCUGUCAGCCUGUGAUUACCCGAGAUCAUGCACACAAAGGAAAACGCAUGCUGCUGCUCGUUUGAUGACUGCAAACUGACCACAGAAUGGCUGCUGAGCAGGACAAGACACAGGCCGAAGAUCGCCGUUGUGUGUGGAUCUGGACUGGGUCUCCUGGCUGACAAUGUACCCAACAAACAGAGCUUCCGCUACGAAGACAUUCCCAACUUCCCAGUCAGCACAGUUCCUGGCCAUGAAGGGUGUCUGGUAUUUGGUCAAAUAAAAGGCAAGUCGUGUGUCUUCAUGCAAGGAAGGUUUCAUCUCUACGAGGGCUAUUCAUUGUGUAAGGUCACGUUCCCAGUGCGGAUCUUCAAAUUAAUGGGUGUGGAGACCAUUAUCGUAACAAACGCCUCUGGAGGACUUUGUCAGGAUUUCAAAGUGGGAGACAUCAUGGUCAUUAAGGACCAUAUUAACUUGCCGGGCUUUGCUGGACAGCACCCGCUGUGUGGUCCAAAUGAUGAACGGUUUGGCAUCCGGUUUCCUUGCAUGUCUGAUGCUUACAGCAAAGACCUCAGGAAACUAGUUAUGGACAUCACUGCAGAGCUGGGCUACUCCAACUUUGUGCAUGAGGGCGUUUACUGUAUGGUCAGUGGACCCAACUUUGAAACCAUUGCUGAGGCACGCAUGCUGCACAUCUUGGGGAGCGACUCUGUUGGGAUGAGCACAGUUCCUGAGGUGACUGUGGCCAAGCAUUGUGGACUGCGGGUCAUGGGUCUCUCGCUCAUCACCAACAAGGUUUCUCUGGACUACAGCCGCGAGGAGAAGGUCAAUCAUGAAGAGGUGCUGCAGAUCAGCAAAAUGAGAGCAGAGAUGCUCCAGAAUGUGCUCAUAACCUUUAUUGCUCGCUCUCACCAAGUGGAGGCCAUCAAUGACAACAGCUGUAUGUACUCCAAUGCUGUGUAGGGUCAGUCAAAGCAGCCGAAUCAAGAAUGAUGAGGCAGUACAGUAUAGUAUACUACAGAUUUGAAAUGCACCAUGUUGUGGCUAUUUUGCUUUAUUUGCUUGGUUGAAUGUGUAAGAAUGUGUUUUGGGGAAGGGUUGAUUUAGCUUCACAUUGUGUUGUGUUGUUACAGUAAUGUAUUUUCUUGCAUUUUCAAUGUGAAAGAUAAACAAUGUAAAUGAACAUUGUUGAAUUAAAUUGUCUCCCUCUGUUGAAA